GUAAUUUUGUGGUUUCUAGCCACCAAGCCGCCUCUCCUUUUUAUAUUAGCUCUCAACCCUUUUAGACCAACCCUUGUUCUUUCUUUCACUAGCUCCUUCUUUUCUUCCUUCAACUUAAUUCUUUAUAAACUUCGGUUUUUCCAUGGAAAGGUUCCAAAUUUUAUUUCCUUUUGCGUCGACAAGAUCAUCGGACCAUCCUGUCUCUUCAAGUAUGACAGAUAAUUCUCAUAUUCUUAGUGAUUUUAAAGCUGAUAGUACUUCAAGUGGGUUCUUGGGAUCGAAGAAAGAAAGUUAUCAUCUAGUACCAAGAACAUCAUCCGAAAUUAAUAAAGACCUUAACUCACAAGGUGCAAGAGUUGGUAUUGGGUCUCCAACGGAGCUAAAAGCAGCCAAAAAGAAAGGGGAGAAGAAGGUUAGAAAGCCCAGAUAUGCUUUUCAAACUAGGAGUCAAGUUGAUAUACUUGAUGAUGGUUAUCGGUGGAGGAAGUAUGGACAGAAGGCAGUGAAGAACAACAAAUUUCCGAGGAGCUAUUACCGAUGCACUUAUCAAGGUUGCACUGUAAAAAAGCAAGUCCAACGCUUAACCAGAGAUGAGGGCGUUGUCGUGACCACUUACGAAGGGAUGCAUAGCCAUCCUAUAGAGAAGUCAAAUGAUAAUUUUGAACAUAUAUUAAGCCAGAUGCAAAUCUACACUCCCUUUUGAAGUGAUCAAGGUUAAAAUCAUGUCUGCUUUUGUAAGGAAAAAAA